GAGACAUUGACUCAUCAUGUUGCUCUCUUUGGUGCUGCUUUGGCUUCUGGUCGGGGGUUCACAAGCAUCUCAUUUUCUUGGCACCGUGAUGACCUAUUACCCAAAGGAAACUCUUGCAAAUGGAUCAAUCUCAGUGAUCCUUCGCUACAAGCUCAAUUUUGCCCGUUGCAAACAUAGUGAUACAUGGGAAUGCUCUGGCAACUGUGGAAUAGAGACCCAGACCCUUGCAUUAUCUGUGGUUGAGGAGGAAACGAUGUUGGACAGCAGAUGGUGUCAGAGAGAAGGGGAAAUAACUCAUCUGCUCCCCAACAAUACAGGAUUUCAGACUGUGUUGGAGGGUAGUGGUUGGGUCACUAACACCCAAAAUGGUGUUUCCUUCUGGUUAGCUGUGACUGAUGUGGAACUGAGAAACCGUUCGGACAUUGAAAAACCAAACUCAUCCCCACAGUCAACCAUUCUCCCAGCUCUGAGAUUUCCCUCAAACUGUGCCAAAAAUAUAAAUUUAUUAGCUUUCGACCCAGAUGGAGAUGAAGUUAAAUGCAGAUAUGGAAGCAUGUCAGAUUCAGAGUGUAACCCAUGCACGCCCCCAUCUGUCCUCAGCCUCUCAUCCUCUUGUUCUCUGUCAUUCAGCCCAACUAACAGCACUCUUAACAGUAGUACUGAGCUUCUAUAUGCGGUCCAGUUGGUGAUGGAGGACUUUCCCACACAGAACAUUACUUUGACUCAAACAGAUGGUUCACAGGAGGUGAAAACUACCACUGAUGCCAUCAGCAAGAUUCCUUUACAGUUUGUUUUGAGAGUGGGCCCUACAAUACCAUCCUGCACAGAGGGUCUCUACCUGCCUAGAUUUCUGUUUCCAACUCCAGAGAACAGAGCUCAGCUUUUCAGCACCGUUGGUCAGGUUCUGGAAAUAAGCAUCAGAGCAGAGGCAAAUAUGUCUGUAAUUACCAACCUCCUGUAUAGCGGGCCUUACAAUGUGGUGAAGAGGUCAUUGGGAUCAGGAAGCUUCUUUCUGAGUUGGACACCAUCUGCAACAGAAGUUGGACAGAGUCAUCCCAUCUGUUUUACCGUGCAGGCAAAUGUAUCCAAUACUUUCUAUGACUCUGAACUUCGGUGUGUUAUUGUAACGGUUGGAAACGCCCCAUCACUCUCUACAGCAGGACCAACUUCAUCUGUGCCUUUAUCUACAGAGAGCUCAACAGAAUUAAUAUUAAACACAACUACACCAAGUACCGUAAAUGCUACCGCUAAUUCCACCACCCUAAUCUCAACUCGAAAUGCUACUACAAACAUCACACUUGCUCUGAAUACAACUACUUCAACAAAUGCAACACAGAUAAUCUCAACAUUAGCUGGAACAACUUCUGAUCCAGGGCCAGGAUAUGUUAUUGCUCUGAAUAUGAAGAUCUCCACCACACUUUCUUUAAAGGAUGAUUCUGAUACCAUCAUAGCACUGAUUAAAGAAAAACUGGUUCAAGAAGGGUUGCCUUCCUCCAUAACUAUUCGCCCCUUGAAUACAACAGCAAGUCCCUAGAGGAGCAUCAAGAAGCAGUAACUGGGCUAUGUGGGGAUAUAUAUAUAUUUCCAGAGGUCGAGAAAAAUC